GAGAUCAUACCACUUCGAGAAUGCACUUACGUAUGGGUCGAGAGUGUAAUCAAGAAAGAAGGAGUAGUUCCAAGCGGGGUACAGUUUUACAAGACACUCCCUACCAUCCCUACUCCUGAUAGGCCAUUGGAUGUACUGUUAGGUGGCCUGCGUGAGCUGACUCAGAGCAAUUUCUACUCUGCUGUCUUUGUGUUAGGCUCUGUGGCUUCCUCGUUGUUUUAUGAGAAGCUACAAGCAACUUACGGGAGUUUUGGUGUCACAAUGGUUGUGGGAGAAGUAAACCGUGGUAAAACCAAGAGUGUGGAGCUCUGUCUAGCUGCACUAGGAGUCAGACAUGCUCGUUUCUCUUCCAUCAGUGAUGCUCUCUUACGGAAGUUGCUUCAUGGUGGUAUGCCGUGGUGUUUUGACGACCCUGACACGGCAGAGCAAGUUAUGAAGAUCCUGCUGACAGUCUUUGGUGGUAAUACAACUGGUAAUGCACUGUCAAGUGGCUCUUGUCGUGUGUCUCCUCUAGUAACAGCCAAUGUGCACAUUUUGGAUGCUCUAGCUUCAAUGGACAAGAGGGUGGUAUGCAGAGGAAGAAUUGUAAUGUUUCCUCAUCACCUUGAGUACAAUCUCCAGUCGACAGAGGCAAUAAAUGAGAUUUUCUCAUUGGCACCAGCAGCCGGACCAGCCGUUGUGAGGAUUGGGUACAAUGUGGCUUGUAUGCAGCCCACAAAGCUCAAGAAUAUUCAAGCACACAUUAAGGAGAUGUUACCCAACCUUGACUCCAGAGCAGUGAUUGAAUACAGUCUUCUUCUGGCUUCUGCUCUGGAGAUAUCCGGGAUGAGUUACAUAGUUGAUGGAGAUAGUCUGAUUUCUUGGUUUGACGAUAUACUUGUGCCGGGAAUAAAGAAAUUUCAGAGUUCAGUCACCAGUAACCUUGGAAAUUACUUGGUGGCAUAUGCCAGAGCUUCUUCCAUUUCUGAGAUUCUGAGAGUGAUCAACCCCAAAUGCUCUUAUUUUAUUGGUGACGAACGAAGAAAGCAAAUUGGAGUUGCCGUACUACUCAAGCAAUUCUUGAAAGGCUUAGACCUUAAGGAAAUACCGCACGAAGAGGAAAGUGGGAUUAGGAAAAAGCUUAGGAGACGUGCGAAUGUGAAGACAACUGCCACCCAGUAUUUUCUGGCCGAGAAGAAUGAAGGAACAAAAAUCACACGAGAGAAUGGUGUAGGCCAUUCCUGCAUGAUCGCUCCCCAUUCAGAUGUACCCCAGGAAUUUUUUGACAUCGUGGAGGCCAAAGUAGAAGAACCAAGAGUUGGACUCUGUCGUCCUUACUCCACCCGACACUCCUGCACAUAUUAUUCGCAAACAGGACGUACACCAUCAUACGCCUCGCCGACCAGAAGCAGGUAACUCAUUCACCAUUAAUGAUGAGCAAGCAAGUUCUCUCCGGGUAGAAGAUACUCUAGAUUCUGACGUCCAGUCCAAACUCAUUGUUGAGCAAACGAGUCCUCUCCGGGUAAAGGAUACUCUAGAUUCUGACGCCCAGUCCAAACUCAUUGUUGAGCAAACGAGUCCUCUCCGGGUAAAGGAUACUCUAGAUUCUGACGCCCAGUCCAAACUCAUUGUUGAGCAAACGAGUCCUCUCCGGGUAAAGGAUACUCUAGAUUCUGACGCCCAGUCCAAACUCAUUGUUGUUAAGCAAACGAGUCCUCUAGAUUCUGACGCCCAGUCCACCAAACUCAUUGUUGAUCAAACGAAUCCUCUCCGGGUAGAGGAUACUCUAGAUUCUGACACCCAGUCCAAACUCAUUGUGAAGCAAACCAGAGCAAAACGGUCAGCAAGAAGGAAGCGUGUACGACCACCUACAGAUCCCUUGGUACAAGCUGCAAACAAACUUCAAGGGUGUUUAACAAUUACAGCCUUGGAGGAUGAUCACCAGCCCAAGUCAAAAAGAAAACGCACUAAGAUUGACGAGUCGAGGUGCCAUGUAUGUAAAGAACCAUUUAUAGAUGGUCAAGAAGCCAAGUGGGUGGGGUGUGACUUUUGUCCAAGGUGGUUUCAUAAGAAAUGUAUAAAAGGGUACGUACUCAAAAGGAAAUGGAAAUGUUCUUUCAAGCAUUGACUAAUGAAACUUAAUAAUUCGAAAUACGACUGACUAUAUAUAAUUAUAUAUAAUCUGUUUUGCGUUUCAGCAUGCGCAUGUGCAUGCAUUAUGUUGAUUUCAACUCUUUUUUCUGGCAGUAAAUCAUUUAAUCACAUCAUAAUUAUAUAUUCUUUAUUCAUGCGAUUAUCGAUUGAUCGUAAUGAAUAAUAGCAAAGUCAGUGUAUUAUUAUAUACAUGUAGUGCUAAUAAAAUAUAAUUUUAUCGUCGUGUAUCAAUAAAUAACAUGUAUAUAGGGUGAGGGUUAGGGUUAGUAUAAUUUAUACAUGCAUGCAUAUAUAUACACAUGCAUGCACAUAACGUAUAAGUAUACCAGUAAAAUUCUCUUCUUAGUGCAUGCAUGUCAGUCAGUUGAACAGCUGUAUAAUAUCUUCUUUGCGCUCCUGCAUCCAAUUAAACCAUUGUAAGGAAUUUCUCUUUAUGUAAGGAACUUU